AUGGCACUGCCUUGGGCCCUUGCAGUCUUGAGCCUUCUUCCACUGCUGGAUGCUCGGAGGCUGGCAUGUACCGAUUACAGGGUGUCUAUCACCAAAGCCACCCUUGACCAGUACUCCGGCAAGUGGUAUUAUAUUGCUUCGGCUUUCCGUUCCCCCGAGUAUAAGUUGGCAACUAGGAAUAUCAAGACCGCCUUCUUUUACGUGACACCAGGCGACACAGAGGACACGGUACUGCUCAGAGAAUACGCAACCAUUGGAGACCAGUGCCUCUAUACUUCCCGUGUUCUGAGGAUCCAUCGGGAAAAUGGGACCCAGCUUAUACCUGAGAAUGGCAUAGGACACUUUGGCUACUUGAUGCUACCCAAGGAUCGCAGGACCUUCAUGCUUUUUGCUUAUCCAGACGACCCCCAGAAAACUGGGCUAUUCUUCUAUGCAAUCAAGCCAAAGGUGACAGUGAGGCAAAAGAAUCAGUUCUAUAGGGACCUCAGGUGCAGAGGUAUGAAGAAGUCAGACGUCGUGUAUGGCGAUGAUAAAAAGGAUCUCUGUAAGACGCUGGAGAAACAACAUGAGGAGGAGAGGAAGGCCAAAGGCGAGAAGACCGAGAAAGACACAGUAUUGGAUAAGGACGUCGGAGACGUCGGGGGUCUGUCCUGAGCCCCCCUUCCAACAUUUGUACCUCAGUUCUUUCCCUCUGUGGCAUCAAUAAAGCUUCUGCUUUGGAAUAA